AAUUUCUCUUUUCCAAACGGACCCCUAUAAAUCCACACACCUUCAUCUCUCUGAUUCUUUUUCUUCUUCUUCUUCCGCAAGCAUAGCGAUUCAGGUUUCAGGGUUCGAAAUUCUCGAAGCGUAAUUGAAAUCUGAGCGGUGGAAACUUGGAUCUGAAUUUUGCAUCGAAUUCCGUUGCGGUUUUCCCGAUUCGAUCGUUCAUUCUUUGGUCAGGGAUUGACAUUAAAGUCUCAAGAUGCCAGCUACAGCAGGAAGAGUUCGCAUGCCUGCGAACAAUAGGGUGCACAGCAGUGCAGCCCUUCAAACCCAUGGCAUAUGGCAGAGUGCCAUUGGAUAUGACCCUUAUGCACCCGCACCCAAUACGGAAGACAAGAACAAUUCUCAGAAUCUGCCGAAUGCAGAACCAGAUGGUGAAAAUGCCUAUGCCAGCUUCCAAGGGCUUCUGCAGCUUGCUAGGAUAACCAAUACUGAUGUGGAUGUGUCUCGUGGGGCCUGCAAGAAGUGUGGCCGUGUUGGGCAUCUUAAGUUUCAGUGCAAGAACUUAGUGAAAGUCAAAGAUGAUAAGGAGGAAAAGGACUUUGAAGCAAUGCAGCCUCGGGGGUUAGUUGGAAUGGAUAAGAAGUUGAUGGGAAAGGAUGAUAAGGUGGAUAGAAGUGAUGGUAAGAUCUCAGAUGAGGAUGAGUUAGAUGAUAGUGAGAGUUCGGAUUCUGAGAUUGAUUCAGAGAUUGAGAGAAUUAUUGCUGAAAGGUCAGGGAAAAAAGUUAGCAAGAAGGUAGGCUCUCAUAGAAAGAGACGGGAUUCGGAUGAUGAUGGGUCAGACAAAGAUUCUGGCAAAAAGAGGAAAAAGAGAGGUAGGUCGAAGAGGAGGAGUGCUAAGAGGGAAGUUAGUGAUUCAGAUGACUCAAGUGAAAGGAGGAGGCGGAAGAAAAGGAGGGAACACAGGAGGAAGAGGCUCGAUUCUUCUUCUUCUGAUGAUGAUGAUGAGUAUACGCGUAGGCAUAGAAAGAGUAGGAAGGAGAAGAGGAGAAGGAGAAGCCGUCGAUCAGAUUCUGAUUCUGAAACAUCUGAUGAUUCCUCCACACGACACAAGCGGAAAAGCAAGAGGGCAAAAUCAUCAUCGAGUGACACUGAUUCAAGUGGAUAUAAUGAUUCAAGGAUGGGCAGGAAUGUAAAGAAAUCUGAAAAGAGGAGACGCCACCGUGGGGAUGAUGAAUAGUGUGGCAAAAUCUUGGCGCACUAGCUGAUUCUAUGGCUUUUGAUGAUUGUGAAUUUCAUGUGUCAGACACCUAUAUGCUUGUUUGAAUAUUGUUGUUUGUUUGCUUGGCUUCCGAAUUCAGAGUGUCUUGAUUGAUUUUCACUCACUUAAUAUCAAAUGCAUGGAUGGUUAUCUUGUA